AUGACCAUGACCCUGCUAUUCAAGCUCAUCCUGAAACACGUACCGCGCCUUUCUCAAUGCUCACAAGUCCAAGUGGCCUACGUGGGCAUGCUCCUGCUCGGGUAUCCUGAGACUUGGUUAUACGCUUCGGGCCUUAGGUCCGGACGGUCGUCAAGUUGGAGAAGGAUCGUUACUGUCGCGGGAGUUGAAACGAGGAGUCAUCCCCAACGACUCCCCAUUGGCCCGACAAGAAGGCGCCCAACUCAUCCCCCAGCGUAUAUACAAACCAACGUCGCUUUGACGCUCCUACAUCCAAGUCACUCGAGCUACGUGGGCGGGGAGUCGCGCAGGGAGAGAUACGAGCUUGGUAUUAGUUCCUCUAAAGACGUCAUUCUUCCCGACUGGAUCCAAGCAGGCCGGGGGGGAAGUGAGAGCCCAAAAUAUCAUAUGGUUCUUGUGAGGGAGGAGUAA